CUGGUUCAGUCCUGUUUAGUCCUGGUUCAGUCCUGGUUUAGUCCUGGUUCAGUCCUGGUCUUGGUGGAGAUGUUGAAGCUGCAGUUGUUGGUUCUAGUCCCGGUCUUCUGGGCCGUGGCUCAGGGCAGUGUGUUUGAGAGGUGCCAAUGGGCAAGACUCCUGAAGAGCCGAGGAAUGGACCAAUACCAGAAGAUCAGCCUGGCAGACUGGGUGUGUCUGACUCGUUGGGAGUCGAGCUUCAACACCAGAGCCGUGAACCAUAACCGUGACAACUCCACCGACUACGGAAUCUUCCAGAUCAACAGUAAAUGGUGGUGCAGAGACUCUGGGCCGAGUCGAGCCAACGGCUGCAACAUCAACUGCUCCGCUCUUCUCGCCGAUGACCCGACCGUUGCCAUAAACUGUGCCAAAACUGUCGCCAGGCAACAAGGCGCCAAGGCCUGGGUGGCGUGGAAGGUUCACUGUCAGGGUAAAGACGUGAGUCAGUACAUCGCCGGCUGUGGACUGGACCUCUCUGACUCCGCCUCCAACUUCCUGUAGACGAGGCCCCGCCCCUCACUUCCUGUAGACGAGGCCCCGCCCCUCACUUCCUGUAGACGAGGCCCCGCCCCUCACUUCCUGUCUGUGGUCUGUGGAUGGA